GUGGAGGCUUACAUGCAAGAGCUGGGUUAGGUAAUGGCAGACCGGAAGCUGCAGCCGGUCUUGGAGGAAUCCUUGAUGGAUCUGCAAAUCCUGAAGCAAGAGCAGCAGGAGGAUUAUACGCAGGUGCAACUGCGGGAAAUGCCGCAGCUUUUACAAAGAACGUACAAGUGAUAGACCGAAAGAAGUCAGCUCAAUUUCAGAAAGUAAAGGUUGUACCUGCAGCGUUUCCCAAUACCGGAGGAUCAGCAACAGCAGCCGCAUCAGCAUCAUCGCAAGCAUCAGCAAACACGAUUGAGAAACAAAAGGACCUCAACGUACAACCUAUACAAGAAGUGUCUGCACCUGCUGUAUCUCAAGCUGAGCUUUUCGGAGGAUUAUAUGCAGGCGCAGAUACUGGAGUAGCAGUUUCAAAAACAGUUCACAAAGUCCAUGUUCCAGUUUCGAAAAUCGUCGUAGAGAAGGAAAUCAUUUCUGCUGCACCUGUUGUGGCUUCGGCUGGAAUCCAAGGAGAAGUCAACACAGACGCAAUGACAGGUAAACAUUUAACAAUUCGCAGUUAUAUUAAUAAAUAUAUUCAAUAA